AUGAAGUUAGCAUGGGGAGAAUGCGCCUAUGGGCAAACAGCUUUGGACUCUGGCUGGCCGCGCCGGGAGAGUCUAAACAUCUUAUCCAGCCGGCCAAUUUCUAUCGCGGUAUGCACCAGCACUCGGAGUACUUUGUGGCCAGGCCAAGUGGGGGCCACUAAAAGUGGGCCUCAGUUGUCUGCCGUUUUCUACACACAUACGUGUCAAGAGGCAAAAGCAACUCCAAGGCAUCUAGGCGACCGAAAUUCCAACGCGAACAGGGCGCUGCAUACCAACCGACCGGACUCGCUAGGUGUUGUUGAAAUUGAUACUAGCAUUCUUAGAAGGACCUCCCUAGCAAUGCGCGAUUGGGGUCUGGCCCCUCCUAGCGGCAGGAUGCUAAAUUUGUCAGUAUUGUUACCUGCCACAACGAAUGUCCGUGAUGUAUCGAGUCGCAUUCCAUCAGAGGAGUCACCUUCAAAAAUACGGAGUAAAAUUGCCUGCGGGAGGGAUGAUUGCUUGGAGUCCGAUUUCAAGCUGCCGCAUCGGCUCGAGCAUCGUACACAAGCACUAGAAGCCUAUGCUUGGUAUGAAUGGUCAGGACUUACUGAAAGACCGGGGGAAGAAAGGGAAGAAGGGGGGAGGAAGAGGAGCCAGAGGGCAGGCAGAACGAAUCAGCAGACGCAUGAGCAAGAAGUUGGUCAUUGGCGAGGUGUUACAGGAUGGAGCAGACUAAACCAAAUGGACCGACCAUUCGUUUCCAGGACCAAGAUCAGGAUUCCUCGAUUUCUUUUUCCGCUCUCCGUUACCGUGGGCCAAUCGCCCCUCGAAGUUAAUUAA